AUGCGUAGAAAUUUUGUUCGCUUCAACCGACUGGGACCCGAUCGUCAACGGAGCCGUGCACUCAGAUCUCCUGAUCCUUUCUACCAACCACCAGAAGAACAUCACUCACCGGAGAAUUAUCAGCCACCAGAGGAAUACCAACGCAUCCUCGAUCAGUUCCGCAGCAGAAGAGAUGAAGCUCAGGUGUCCGAUCAGGCGGAUCAGGAAAUCAAUCAGGGCGCUCAAGAGACCCAUGAGGACCACUCCCUUCCCGAUGGACCCGGCCUCGACGACCACGAUGCACUCAUGAGCGCGAUAAGGACCAUCGACGCCGAAAUCUCCGUCCACGAGAUCCAAGCAGUCGAGGAAGCACAUCGCAGAGUGAGAGAGCUUACCUCCAUCAUCUCGACCCCUGACGCAGAAGAUCAUGACAUGGAAAGCCCGCCCAUAUCAACAGAUUCUGACUCCGAUGUCUCAGAAAUCCACCUCGACUCCGAUGCAGACGACCAACAGCUCCGCAACCUUCAACGCGAAGCCAUCCUCCUCCGCCUCCAAAGCGCCAGUCUCCAGCACCGAAUCCUCCUGGAAGAAUUCAAGAUGCUGACUCAACACAAUUAUCACAAGACCAGCGUCAUGUAUGCAUACAGAAGAAUCUGGGUCUUGUGUCAAAUGGUGUGUGUUCUAGACGACGGCAUUCAAGCUUGGGAAGCCCUCAUGGAGCUUCGACGCAAUGAGAUGGAUAGGCAGGUCUUGAGGGAUGAGCUCACUAGAGCUGAAGCUAAUGCCUCGUAUGCGAGACUGGCGAAUCAUCGGGAUGAGCUGUAUGAUCAUUGCGUUGAGGCUGGACGGCAUUAUGUCAGAGCUAUGUGGUCAAGAGAGUUUGGUCCUGGUGUGCGAGUUGAGGAACUCAGCGAAUCUAUGAGAGAAUUGGAGCAUCACUAUCUGAUCAUCAAGCGCAACAAUGUCAGACUCCAAGCGGCAAUGCAACAGAUGCAAGCCACCUUUCCACAAGAUCAUCAAGUCAAUGAUGCGCGCGUACAGGCCUUGCACAAGAAUUCGAUUCAUGUGGUACGCUAUACAAUGAGAGAUGCCUCGAAUGCGAUGGAGAUGAUGCAGACUGGGAUGCAUACGAGGGGUAAUGCUGUCAAGAGAGUUGUGGCUAGAUUGGUUGAAAGAUUGAGUGGUCAGGGACCAGCCUGGAGCCGCUCCGGUUGACGGGCAUUCCAAAGCCCAUGAGCGCGACAGAGGAUUUAUGUGACUUCCAUUCUAUAUGUCUGGCUUGAACGAUGGCUGGUGGAAGCGAAC